GCUUUAAUAAUAGUUUUAAUAGCUUUUGCGAAGCGUGAAUGCACAGAGCGUAUAUUUUUGUUAGAGAAAUAUGUCUAUGAAAAGAUGCGAGAAUUGACGUAAACCGUCAUUAUAUUAAAAUUCGUAAGCAUCAUUUAGCAGCCUGUUGCAUAAAUUCGUUCAACAAUGGAUCACUCAAAAACAAUUAGGCUCUCUAGAGAAUCAGAUGACGUCCUCUCUCGCGAGAGAGGCAGGCGGGAUAUAAAUUCAAUGAAAAAGAGCUUACAGGAACGCCGGUACGACGCCGAUAAACAAUAGCGACAGAAGAUAAGAAGACCACGUUCUUCCGGACUCCCUCUCCUUUCGUUAACUUCACCAUCCCACCAAUGCUAUUCCUUCGUUUGUCUCUUUUCCGUGUGGGGCGAUAUCGUCUCUCUUUCCUGCCAGGUCGUUAGCAUAAUAGCGUCAAGUACUUCACUUCGUUGGUAGUCAAUACGUGCCGUCGCUCCGAUCGCGUCACAUUGAUCGUAUUGAGUCAUAUUGGUGUAUCUCGUGAAAUUACAUAACAAGGUCUCUAAUACGAUCGCACACACGGCCGCGAAUAUAAGGGUGCGUUACAGACGAGCUCCUCUUAUUUUACCUUUCACCGGAACUUGUCGCGGAUAUAUUCCACCUCUCUAGUGGAGGCGAGCAUCUUUCUUCGUGGCACUCGUCCUUUCCAAUUGGAACCGAUCGGGCAAGAAAGUCAGACAAGAAUCGCGUUUAAAGGUAACAUCGUCUCCGCGUCGACACUUCCCAAUAGAAACAAUCGUCGCGGUGGUGCUCGACAAGCACUCGAGAGUCUCUCAAAAGCCACUUCUCACCCCUAGUAAUCGAGAAUCUGGUCUCGUAUAUCGAGCGACACGAUCUCUCGAUACGAAUCGCCGUUUAAACUCAGAGCAACCCUCGUAAUCUCGGUACACAGACAAACCUCGAUCACGGAAGGACAUUACGAAACGGUGGUGCGGAUACGGGAUGACGACCAACGUCACAUCGAUGGUGGUGGACUACCUGGUUUUCAUCGGAUUCAUCGUGAUUUCCUUUGUGAUACCACUAUGGGGCAACUUCAGGACGAAGAAAAAGGAGACCAAGGCGAAUUAUGUAUUCGCCACCGGAAGCGUGUCGAUGGGCGCGAUGAUGCUGUCAAUUGCGCGAGGGACCCUUGGCGUCAGAUCCUUCCUGGGUUAUCCCUCGGAACUGUAUUAUCGAGGUAGCGCCAUGUGGGAGACCCUGUAUGGGAUGUUGCUCGCCUAUCCCAUCGUCUGCUUUAUCUUUGUGCCUGUUUACUACAGUCUCGGUAUCACGUCGGUCUACCAAUAUCUGGACAUGAGGUUCAAGUCGAAACUAGUCAGAUGUCUGGCGAGCUUCUCAUACGUCAUACGGAGCCUUUUAAAUUUGGCAGUCACUGUGUUUACUCCUUGUGUCGCAUUGAAAGCAGUAAUAGGGCUUCCGUAUUGGGCUAGUAUCGUAGGAAUAACAAGUAUUUCUGUGGCUUUCACAAUCAUGGGAGGUUUGAGAGCUGCCAUUUUAUCGGAUGUUAUACAAGGCCUAACGAUGAUCGGUGUGUCCGUGGUAAUCAUCAUACAGGGAACUGUUAAUGUCCAUGGACCAGCUAAUGUCUUAAAUGUGACUCUCGAACGCGGGCGUUUGAAUUUUUUUAACUUUGAUAUGGAUCCUACUCUUCGAGUGACAACAGUAUCAGCGACACUGGGUCAGCUCUUUAUGAGUUUAUCCAUUUUUGGAUGUCAACAGAAUUUUGUCCAGAGGUAUUGCAGUAUGUCCAGCCAAAGAAAGGUUGUUCAUACGAUGAUGGCCAACAUGCCCAUAAUAUUAGUCUUGUUCUCGCUAUCCUGGAUCGUCGGAAUGGUCAUCUUCGCUAACUACGCCGACUGCGAUCCGCUCUCUCUAGGAUAUAUAAAUAAGAUCGAUGAGAUCGUGCCGUUCUACGUCGAAGAUCAAUUCUUUAAUCUACCCGGUAUGCUCGGUCUGGUGAUGGCAACUCUAUUUAACAGCGCCUUGACUUUAGCCGUAUCGAAUCUCAAUUCUCUCGCGACGGUGACAUUUGAGGAUUUUCUAAGCCACAUACCGGCACUGAAAGAUCUCAAGGAUACGCAGCAGCUCAACACUAUCAAAAUCGUGGGUUUUAUCUACGGUCUGUUAAUAAUCGGUAUUAGUUUCCUAGUAGCCAUGCUAUCGGGCGUGAUAGAAUCGUCUAUGCUAAUGACGUCGGCGACAUCCGGACCUCUUCUUGGCGUAUUUCUCCUCGCUAUGUUGGUACCUUGCGCCAAUUGGAAAGGUGCCGCGGCUGGUAUGCUUUUCAGCCACGUAACGACGUUGUGGAUCACCUUCGGUCAUCUCAAUCUGGGUAUCGUAAAGGAGAUGUUGCCAUUGUCGACGGAGAACUGCCACAACGAAACGUUUUCGUCGUGGAUAACGCAACCAAUUAGUUUAGAUUAUUCCACGCCAAACGUCUCCAGUUUGAACAUUCAUGAGAAUAUCACGCUGGCAUCCGUCGACGAAUCUGAUCAUUCGUCCAAUCCUUUAAAUGUUCUUUACAGUAUCACGUACAUGUAUUACGCUUUUAUUGGUAGCAUUACGACGGUCGUCGUCGGUAUCCUCGUGAGCUUGAUUACGGCCGAUGCCGAAUCGGACAAGUACGAAGAACAUUUACUGCAUCCUAUGGCGCGGAAAAUAGCGGGUCUAUUUCCCGGGAAACAAAGACUUUACGCCACCAGCACCCGACUCGGGAAUAAAAACGAUGCCACGAAUGCCACUCUUUCCUCCAUCGCAGUGCCAUCCAUCGCUGGCAGCACCGAGAAAGGAAUAGAAAGAAUACCUUCCCUUCAAGGAUUUGUGGAUGACAAGGGCAAAUUGCAACUAGAUAGCAACUACGUGGAAAAACUCAACGCGCUAAAGACUGUUUCUAUCGACGUAACCAAUGAGAUGGGCAAACACACCAGAUUAUGAUUCGAUCCUAGUCGAGGACAGGUUCCUCGUGUAUUAUUCGCAACAAUAUCGUCAAAAAUCUCGACAUAUUUCAAGAGUAGCGGUAUACCGCGAUAAACUCAAUGAAUGAGAGAGCAAUUGCAUGUGUUAGUGCCAAAUUUUAUUAUUCCAACAUAUAUGGUAUAUAUUAGUGGUGGACUUGUGAUACGUGCGCGUAGAACGUAAUUACACGGAAGCAAAGUUUUCUUCGAUUACAGUGCUCGAGCCGCACUCACAUUCAGCUCAAAAUAUCGCUCAAAUGAAGGCAAUUCAGAGGUGCAAUUCGUUAGGAAAACUUCUAACUUGCCUGUGCCAAUUAAAGUUAACUACGAAGCAUGAGUGUGACGCGUAUUUUGUAAACUGUAUUUAGACAUGAACGUUAUUUACUAUGGCAAAGAUUGUCAAACACGCAUAUAUUGAAUAGAAUUUGCAUCGCUGUUCGCAACGAACGAAUUCUACAUCAAAGCGAAGAAAAUUCGAAAGGAGAAAACGGUCGCGGAAUCGCAUUUAGUCAAGAAUAAUCGCAAGUUAGUUCUAAAACGAUGCGAGAUUAAUGAUUUAGUUGUCAAUCGACAAGGCGAAUCUUUUCGUCUAUAUAUAUAUAUAUAUAUAUAUAUAUAUAUAUAUAUAUAUAUAUAUAUAUAUAUAUGCGAUAUUUCAAUUGAAGAGGUUGAAAUAUGUAUCCUCAUUAUAUACUCCAAUAAGAAGAAUCAAUUUUUUAAUCUCUACUUACAUUCCUAAUUAAUCUUAGGACAUGUCUUUAAGAAUAUAUCUUAAAAGUAAAGAUAUAGAUAUGCAAGAUGUUUAAAAAUACGUGAUAUAAUCUAAAAAAGAAU